GGCCAGUUGUCCUCGCGCGCUGUUAGUGUGAGCGAGUUAAAGCUUGGGUGUCUCGCACCGCCGGCCGUUGGGAGGGUGGAGCGAGGGCCCCUCCCCCCACAGCCCCGUGGUACUCCUCCCAUCAACCUUCUAUUGAGACGAAGCGAGCGGGGAGGAAAAAAACCGCCCAGGUGAACUCUGGUGCAAUGGUGGGAGCUCAGCAGCUAGAGAUGCAGGCAGCGACAGUGCCAGUGGUGGCCCCAUCAGGUGGAGGCCCCAGUGGCAGCAGUGGCGAUCACCAGUAUGAGUGCCUGGUAUGUGGCAAGGUGUUUAAAUGGUCAUCACGGCUCAUCCACCACCAGCGGACUCACACAGGUGAGCGCCCUUACAAGUGCUCAGAGUGUCCCAAGGCCUUCAAGGGGUCAUCAGCCUUGUUGUACCACCAACGCGGACACACGGGUGAACGGCCUUACAAGUGUGGUGAAUGUGGCAAGGCAUUCAAACGGUCGUCCUUGCUUCAGAUCCAUCAGAGUGUGCAUACUGGUCUGCGUGCCUUCAAGUGCGCGCAGUGUGGCCUGGCCUUUAAGUGGUCCUCACAUUACCAGUAUCACCUACGUCAACACACCGGCGAACGCCCAUACCCCUGUCCGGCAUGCGACAAGGCCUUCAAGAAUUCGUCCAGCCUGCGGCGGCACCGCCACACCCAUACAGGCGAGCGUCCUUAUGUCUGCCCCAUCUGCGGCAAGGCCUUCACACAGUCCACCAACCUGCGGCAGCAUCAACGGGUACAUACUGGCGAGAGGCCCUACCGAUGCCAAGACUGUGGUAAGGCCUUCACCCACUCUUCUAACCUGGCAUUGCACUGCCGUUCAGCACAUGCUGCCCGUCCUGCCCACACUUGUGUUAUUUGUGGUAAGGCCUUUGCGUCUGAUCCAUAUCUGCAGCGGCACUUGGAAUCUCAUGCAGACGUUGCACCUCCUGCACAGCUCUUCUUGGAGGAACCAACCACCACUGUAGAGAUGCUCUUUCGAUGUAGUGUCUGCCAUCUCACCUUCCCCUUGCAGGAGCAGUUGCUGAGUCACCAAGAAACACAUUUGGCCCCGGCAGAGCCAUUGCCUUUGCAGCAGCCGCCACCGCCACCAGUGCAGGAGGAAGUGGCGUCCGUAGCAUCCCCCGCACCCUCCCUAGCUUGCUCAGCGUGCAGUAAGACUUUCAAGAGUGCAGUGGGUUUAGCACGGCACCAGCAGAGCCAGCACUCAUCAGAUCGCACAUACACCUGUAUGGUAUGUGAACGCUCUUUCCCAGCACUGGCCAGCCUGUUGGGCCAUCAGCGUUCACAUCCCCCAGCUGAACAGCGGCUGGAGGAAGCUGAGGUGACAUGUCCAGCACAGGCUGAGCCAGUGCCUGCAGCCACAGUGACACCGCCCCCACCCCCUGAGCGACCCUAUGUGUGCGGAGAGUGUGGGAAAUCAUUCAAGGGCUCAUCUGGGCUGCGUUACCACCUGCGCGACCACACAGGUGAGCGUCCCUACGCUUGUAGUGAAUGUGGGAAAGCCUUCAAACGCUCAUCCCUGCUGCGCAUCCACCAGCGGGUACACACGGGGUUGCGUGCCUUCACCUGCCCCACCUGUGGGAUGGCAUUCAAAUGGGCUUCUCAUUACCAGUACCACUUACGCCAACAUACUGGUGAACGGCCAUACGCUUGCCAAGAUUGUGGGAAAACCUUCAAGAACACCUCGUGCCUCCGCCGGCACCAGCAGCUGCACACUGGUGAGCGUCCCUUUGCCUGUCAAACCUGCGGCAAGGCCUUCACUCAGACAUCCAACCUCCGGCAACAUCAGCGAGUGCACACUGGUGAAAGACCAUAUUGUUGUCGGGACUGUGGCAAGGCCUUCACCCACUCCUCCAACCUGGCGCUGCACAGACGCACCCAUUCGCGGGAGCGCCCCUUCCAGUGCCCAGUUUGUUCCAAGGCCUUUGUCAUGGCCUCUUACCUGCAGCGCCACUUACGCACCCAUAGCAGUGCUGAGACACCCAGUCGUCCAGCCGCUCCCUCACCUGCUGCCACCCAGGAGGUGCAAAUCAUGCCCAACUUGCAGGCCACUCUGAAUGUGGAGUUAAGUGGCAGCCCAGCCCCUGCUGUUUCUUCUAACACUCAGACUUUCCUGCUUGUGCAGACAGCACAGGGCUUGCAACUUAUCCCCAGUGUGCAGCAGCAGCAGCUGCCACCCCCCCAAAGUUCACCCCCCAAACUGAUCCUACUGCCCAGUCCCCAGGUGCCCACUACAUCCACUGCUCCGGCCAGCUUUACCCUGUUGCCAGCUGCUCCCACCACCCCAGGCAAAUCUGUCUCGCUCCGUCAAGGUAAGGCCAAGAAACCUGUGCCAUUGCCUCCCCCCACACCAUCGGUGUCUGGCAGCCAGAAUAUCAUUCUGAUGCCCAGUGCCACUGGGGCCAGCAUGCAGCCCCUCCCUAAUGUGCAAAUCCAGAGGACACCAGGGUUGCAGACUAGCGGACAGAAUGUUAUUGUUCUCCAGAGCUUGCCAGAACAGCAAGUGGGCACAGUGCAGUUCCAAACUCUGCCAGCUGCUCCACAGGCAGGCACCAUCCAGAUUCAAACCCUGCCCCAGCCCCUCCAGAGCUUUCCUAUUGCUCAGCAAGGUGGCACUCUGCAAAUUCAGACCCUGCCUGCUUCCCAGCAAACUGGCACAAUCCAGAUCCUCCCGCAUUCUCAACAGACUGGCAUUGUGCAGAUCCAAAGCCUUCCCCAGAGCAAUGUCCAGAUCCAAGGUUUUUCCACCUCCCAGUCGGCAGGCACAGUGCAGAUCCAGAGCCUGUCCAGUUGUGCACCGACUGACACAGUGCAGUUCCAAACUCUUCAUCCUUCCCAGAAGGUAAACACGGUGCAAUUUCAGGCUAUGUCAUCCUCUGAUCAGGUGGGGACCCUCCAACUCCAAACUCUCCAACCUUCCCAGCAAGUGGGCUCCCUUCAGAUCCAGUCCUUGCCAUCUCCACAGCAAGCCAGUCCUCUGCAGAUCCAUCACCUGCCCUCUUCCAAUCAGCCUGUGGCCAACGUUGAAAUCCAGAGCCUCUCACCUUCCCAACAGCUGGAUGGGACCAUUCAGAUCCAGGGCCUGGUUUCUUCCCAGGAUGGGCAGCAGCUCCAGCCUUCAGAGGAGAUGGGCAGCGUUCAGCUUCAGACUCUGAGUCCCUCUCAGGAGAUGAAUGUUGUGAGGAAUGCUCUGUCCAGUUCCCAUGAGCUCUCUGAGGUGGACCUCCAACAGGGACCUGGUGUGGAGGAGGAAAGCCAGAACCUAAUUGUGGUACAGAACUCUCCAGGGGAGGAGCUUCUGGGGCCAGGGGGUGAGGUAGAGAGCCUAGAGGGGGUGCAGGACAUGCACUUUGAGACUCUGCAGACGGAGGAGGGAGUUCAGAAUGUGUUGGUACUGAGGAGUGCAGGAGGAGAGCAGACCCGGUUGUGUGUGCAGGAGGUAGAGAAUAUCCAGACAGUGCAAGAACUGCCUGGCCUCCAGCUGCAAGGUCCUGAGGGUAGCUCAGGGACUGGGCAGAACCUCCUGAUCAUCCGCAGUGCCCAGGGAGAACAGACUCUCCAAGUGUUGGAGAGUGUGCCAACACUGCAGGUGAGCAGCCCAGACAGCACUCAAUCGGCUGGGGAGGGCAACAGUACAUCCCAAAUGGUACAGCUUCUGCAAAGUCCAGUAACCUCCCAAAGCCUGCCCUCCAUUCAGAUUGUGCAAACAGUACCCAACAUGCAGCUUGUUCACACUUUCUGAGAGUACCUGUCCUUGUUCACCUGUUGGAAGCAUCAGUCGAGACUCAGUCAUGCUCUUAGAAGUAAAUGUGAUGGGGGCCCUACUGGGUGGCUGCUGCAGUUAAAGGUGAUGGCAGAUAGGAUCCACCUGGGUAACUUCAAGAAUCCUGGAUGUGAUUGCAAUCUCUCCAUGCUGGCUUGGCUUACCUUCCUCAGGACAAAGUCACCGUGUGACAGCAAAGCUUAACUCAAGCUCCUGCCUGCAGGUCCAAAGCAUAUCUUGACUCCCCCCCCCCGCUCUCAUGGGGACUGCUGUUGCUUCUGCUCUUGCUGUUGCAGUUACAAUUGCCCCUCCACCAUGUUCCCCCCUGCCCCCCAGAAACCAUUUGUAUGCCCUAUAUUGCAUGGGAGAAAGAGAUAGCAAGUCCAGUCCUUGAUUCUAUCCCCAAUCCACCUGUUUUCCCACCCUGUUUGAAAUACUUUGUUCUGGCAAAUACCAAGCAUAUGUUCAGUCUGAGGGUUAAAAGACUGUGGCAUGGCAGCCAGGACUCCUGAGUGUUAGACAGGGAAUGUGAUUAGUAGGUAGCAGCUGUACUCUGGCAUCUCUCCAUUUCUUUUCUGUGCUAUAGCACUGGACCUGAGUGGCGAAGCACUGUAAGCUCCUUUUGUGUAUUAGAAAAAUGGGAAGGUUCAGCUUUGUGGGUCUUCCUUUGGUUUUGGGUGCUGUGGGAGGCAGCCUUAUGAGCUGCCAGAAACAGCAUCUUUUUCCAUUUAAACCCUUCUUAUAUGUUCUCCAUUCCAUAUCCUCCCUCACCAUUUGCAGAAUCACAUUUCUUUCCAAGUAUACCCCAGUAUCCUGGUGCUAACAGACAAGAGAGUCAAAAACUCUUCUGGCCUAGAAGGAAAAUAAAAGACUGCUCCAAAGCAUCUUUAACUUCCUGUUUCCAGUCCUAUUCUUCUGGGUAUCAUGCAAAGGCUGCGUUCAUUUCUCUCUCAUA